AUGGCCGCCGUAAUCAAUAUCCAGGAAGAAGGCGCACCACCCCUCCAAUCACACCUCCAGCCCAUGCUUGAAGACGUGAACCGUGUCGACAAUCAGAACAAUGGGACUAGUGUCGUACUAGUUCAAUGCCACUGUGGACUGUUGGGCGCGGAUAACGGUUCUGACUUGAAACGUUCAGCAUUCGCGUUACCGCACCGUCGCGCCGUACCAGAAGCGAGCCACACCGUCGGUGGUCUUAUUCCAGCCGAAGCUAUGUUCUAUGGCGACUUCGCUGUUUAUGCUAUGUUGUAUCUGUAUCUCCAGCUCAUGUCCAUUACCCGCAAAAUGUGUUACCACCUCCUCGCCUAUAUUGAGUUCGCGUGCGCGCAUCAGCACAUGGUUCGACGGCGCCAUGUGAGUGCUCUCCUGCCAUUGCGCGCGCAGCCGAAUUACGCACGCGAAAUGGGCCAUAAUCCCUAA